GACACGGUUGACAUUUUGGUUGGAUGGCAUAUAGAUCACACGCAAAAACCUUCCCUCACACAACAGGUGUCUGGAUGGUUACAGAGUCUAGAACCAUUUUGGGUUGCAGAUCUGGCAUUUUCCACAACUCUACUGGGACAGUUUUUGGAAGACAUGGAAGCCUAUGCCGAGGAUCUUGGCAAUGUAGCUUCUGGUGAAUCCGUGGAUGAAGACAUUCCUCCUCCAUCAGUUUCAUUACCUAAGCUUGCUGCCCUUCUCAGAGUGUUUAGUACUGUGGUACGAAGUAUUGGGGAGCGAUUUAGUCCAAUUCGAGGACCUCCCAUUACUGAAGCAUAUGUCACUGAUAUACUAUAUCGUGUAAUGAGGUGUGUAACAGCAGCCAAUCAGGUAUUUUCUUCAGAGGCUGUACUGACAGCUGCCAAUGAAUGUGUG